UGGCCCUGAGCUGCUGCCACGGGCACCAUGAGGGGUCUCUGGGCCCUCGUGCUCACGGCGCUCGUCAGUGCCUGCGAGGGGAAGGAGCUGCCGCCGGCGGAAGGGGAGCUGUGCCCGCAGCUCUGGGACGAGGACCUGGCUGGGGACAAGUAUGAGAACAUAACGGGUUUUAACCUGAUUAAAAGGUUCGACCUGCUGAGGAUCUCGUCCGUCAAGAAGAUCCGCAGCCCCCGGGGGCCGACAGUGCUGCGGCUGGGGGCUGUGCCCCUGGUCCAGCCCACCCAGCAGGUGUUUCCUCGUGGGCUACCCCCCACCUUCACCCUCAUCUUCACCUUGCUGCUGAAGAAAAACAGCACCGGGGAGCACUGGUACCUCUUCCAGGUCACCGACCGGCAGGGAUACCCGCAGGAGCCGGUGAGAACCUCGGGGAGGAGCAGCCUGAAGGAGGAUCCCAAGGAGAAGGGUGACCCUGGCCUUGUGGGACCCGAGGGGCUGGCUGGCGAGCCGGGACCCCCAGGGAAGCCAGGAUCUCCAGGGAUUGGCUUUCCAGGGAAGCCGGGUGACCCUGGUGGCCCCCCAGGUCCGAAGGGAGAGAAGGGCAGCUCGGGAGCUCCUGGACCCGGAGGAUCGCCUGGGACACCCGGUCCCCCCGGUGCCCUGGGGCCAAAAGGAGACAAGGGUGAGCCGUGUGAGGUGUGUCCCACUGUCACUGAGGGGACGCUCGGUGCCAUCGGGGUGCCCGGCAAACCAGGACCCAGGGGAGAGCCCGGAGCGCCCGGCAGGGACGGGGUCUCGGACAGACCCGGCCCUGCAGGACCCAAAGGGGACAGGGGAGAUCGUGGCAUCCAGGGGAUGAAGGGGGAGAAGGGGGACUCGUGUCUGUCCUGCGAUGUCCGUGUGCUCGCCGCGCUGCGCCGGGGCCCUGCCGAGGGGUUUGAGGGUGAGCCGGGGCUGCCGCAGGGUGACCUGGGGCUCCCUGGGCUGGCUGGGAUCAAGGGUGAGAAGGGGGACGGUGGCCAGCUGGGACCCACGGGCAGACCGGGGCUCCCGGGAAAGAAGGGUGACCCGGGUGUGCAGGGGCUCAAAGGAGAGAAGGGGGAGCCGUGCGGGCAGUGCCCUCCCACCCCACAGGCCCUCCAAGGGGCAGCGACAGUGGUGGCUGUGCCAGGACCACCAGGAGAAAGGGGCCAGAGUGGCCCCCCGGGCAGAGCGGGCAGACCGGGCGACGCUGGGCAGAAGGGGCAGAAGGGGGACGCUGGCAGCCCCGGGGACCCGGGCACGCCGGGCAUGGCCGGUGUCCCAGGGCUGUCGGGUGAGCCUGGAAUCAGGGGUCCGGCCGGCCCCAAAGGACACAACGGUUUGCCAGGACUGCCUGGGCCUGCCGGAGACCUGGGGCCGCUGGCCGUCGUGGCUGAGAGGAACAUCGAGGUGCUGAAGACUCUCUGUGGGGACUGUGCCCAGCUCCAGGCAGCCUUGGAAGCCCCCAGGGGUGUCGAGGGGGAGAAGGGGGACGGGGGCAUGCCGGGUGCCCCCGGCAGCGAGAGCUGUGCCCGCUGCUUUGCCCAGUUCCCGAGAGAGGAGGCGGCUCGGGGUGACAGCCCUGACACUGACUGUCCUGGCCAUCCUGGGUUGCCGGGUGCCCCGGGCAUCCCUGGAGAGAGAGGAGAGCAGGGCUCACCAGGACUGCGGGGACCCCCUGGACCACCCGGGCCCAUCGGCCCCCCAGGCUUUCCUGGAACGCCGGGCGCACCCGGACUGCCCGGCAUCAAAGGCGAGCGAGGCUACCUGGGCCCCCCCGGGGAGAAAGGGGAGCUGGGACCCCCCGGCAUGGACGGGCCCCCCGGUCCCGCAGGACCCGCGGGACCAAGGGGAGAGCGGGGGCUCCCGGGCAGCGCCGGCGAGAAGGGGGAUCAGGGUUUCCAGGGCCAGCCUGGCUUCCCGGGACCACCGGGUCCCCCUGGCUUCCCAGGGAAGGUUGGUCCAGCUGGGCCACCAGGGCCCAUGGCUGAGAAGGGCAGCGAGGGCAUGCGAGGCCCCACGGGGAUGCCAGGACCCCCUGGACCCCCAGGACCUCCGGGCAUCCAGGGCCCCGCUGGCUUGGAAGGACUGGAUGGCAAGGAUGGCAAGCCGGGGCUACGGGGUGAUCCAGGACCCCCUGGGCCACCAGGGAUGAUGGGUCCUCCGGGCUUCAAGGGGAAGACGGGACACCCGGGUCUCCCAGGACCAAAGGGUGACUGUGGCAAACCUGGUCCCCCGGGGAGCCCAGGCCGGCCGGGAGCUGAGGGUGACCCCGGGCCCAUGGGACCCCAAGGCCGGCAGGGACCCCCAGGGCUCAUCGGACCCCCUGGCAGCCCAGGACAGCCGGGUCCUGCUGGCCUCGCUGGAGUGGGGCUGAAGGGUGAGCGUGGCUCCGUGGGGGAGCGAGGUCUGCCAGGGAUGCCAGGGCAGCCGGGACCCCCGGGACACCCCGGACCACCGGGGGAGCAGGGACCAGAUGGACCCGUUGGGAAAGAGGGUCCUCCGGGAAAGCCGGGCAUUGCGGGACCGGCGGGACAGAAGGGUGAAGCCGGAUCCCCCGGUGAAAGAGGGUACCCCGGGGAGAAGGGCAGAGCCGGGAUGCCCGGGNCCCCCGGGGAUGAUGGUAAGGAGGGGUGGCCGUGGAGAGGGGGGGGUGCGGGACCCCGUUCCCCGCGGGGCGCGGUGGCCGUGUCCCCUCGCGUGUGUCCCCUCGUGUCCCCCCAGGGAGACGUGGUGAAUUACGACGAGAUCAAGCGGUUCAUCCGGCAGGAGCUGAACAAGAUGUUUGACGAGCGGAUGGCGUACUACACCUCCCGGCUGCACUUCCCGGUGGAGAUGGUGGCGUCCCCGGGCAGACCCGGUCCCCCCGGGAAGGAUGGGCUGCCCGGCCGGCCGGGACCCCCCGGCUCCCCAGGGAUGCCGGGGCAGAUCGGCAGAGAGGGGCGGCAGGGCGUGCCGGGCAUGCGGGGUGAGCCGGGUGCCAAAGGAGAGAAAGGCGAGAAGGGCAUUGGGGUGAUGGGGGACAGCGGCCCCCCAGGACCCCCAGGUCCCCAAGGACCACCAGGCUACGGGAAGAUGGGCCCCCCGGGCCCCGUGGGGCAGCAGGGCAUCCCUGGUAUUCCCGGCCCCCCCGGUGCCACGGGGCAGCCGGGCAAGGCGGGGCACUGCAGCCCGGCAGAGUGCCUGGGGGCCGUGCCCAUGGAGCAGCCCCUCUUCCAGCCCAAGAACGUCAAGGGCCCCUUCGGCUGAGGGUCCCCCCAGCCCCCCGGCUUUGCUGUUAAUAUUGUUGUUUCCCCGCUGUGCCGGGGCCGUGCCUGUCCCGGGGGGG